GCCGCUCCAUUCAUCUCCUUUCGCUCUCUCCUUCUCCUCCUCCUCCUCCAUCUCCUCAGCGACGUCUGCUGGCCUCCUCCCUUCCCUUCCCCUCCCUUUCCCUCCCCCGGUUUCCUCCCCGCUGGCUCAGUUUUGCUCUUCCACUUCCAGCUGCAACUCAGUCGCCGCCGCUGCUGCUGCUGCCGCCGUCGCCGGCUCCGAAAAAUGUCUGAGCGAGGCGGCUUCUAUAAGCAGGAUUUGAAUAAAACAGUGUGGGAGGUUCCGCAGCGCUAUCAGCACUUGACCCCGGUGGGCUCGGGGGCUUACGGCUCCGUGUGUUCAGCAUAUGAUACCAAAACAAGGCAGAAGGUGGCAGUCAAAAAACUUUCAAGACCUUUCCAGUCCCUUAUUCAUGCUAGAAGGACUUACCGGGAGCUUAGAUUACUCAAGCACAUGAAACAUGAAAAUGUUAUAGGAUUACUAGAUGUUUUUACACCUGCAGCAUCAAUAGAAAAUUUUAACGAAGUGUAUCUUGUCACCAAUUUAAUGGGUGCUGACUUGAAUAAUAUAGUGAAGUGUCAAAAAUUGACAGAUGACCAUAUACAGUUUCUUAUAUAUCAGUUACUUCGAGGACUAAAGUAUAUUCAUUCUGCUGGAAUCAUUCACCGGGACCUGAAGCCCAGUAACUUAGCUGUAAAUGAAGACUGUGAAUUAAGGAUUUUAGACUUUGGCUUAGCCCGGCAAACUGAUGAUGAAAUGACAGGCUAUGUGGCAACCCGAUGGUACAGAGCCCCAGAAAUCAUGUUAAACUGGAUGCAUUAUAAUCAGACAGUUGAUAUUUGGUCAGUUGGAUGCAUCAUGGCAGAGCUGCUGAAAGGGAAGGCUCUUUUUCCAGGAAAUGACUAUAUUGACCAGCUGAAACGAAUAAUGGAAGUAGUUGGUACACCUAGUUCUGAACUUCUCAAGAAAAUAUCAUCAGAACAUGCCAGAAAAUAUAUAGAAUCUCUACCAUACAUGCCUCAACAGGAUCUGAAAGUAGUAUUUCGUGGAGCAAAUCCAUUAGCUGUGGAUCUUCUUGAGAAGAUGCUUAUCCUGGACAGUGACAAAAGAAUAACAGCCUCUGAAGCACUUGCACAUUCUUAUUUUGCUCAGUAUCAUGAUCCUGAGGAUGAACCUGAGGCAGAGAUGUAUGACGAAUCAAUAGAAAAUAAAGAAAGGGUUAUAGAUGAAUGGAAAGAACUAACAUAUGAAGAAGUGAUCAGCUUUAAACCACCUGACUUGAAGAUGGAUAGCCUUGAAAUUGAACAAUAAAUCCAGACUCCUCUUUUUGCUAUGCUUUACUCUGAAGACUAUAAAACAUCUAGCACUGCAAUUCAGUUUCCUAUAUGACAAGCAUAGAUUUUACAAUCCAAAGAUCUUGGAAAAGCUACAACAAUGCAAGCAAAACAUUCUGAAGAAACAUACAUUGGGAAGGGAAUUGUCUUGUACUACGAAUGUAAUAAUUGCAGAACAUUAAGUACUGCUUCAUUCUGAAAAAUGAUGCACUGAAGUUUGUCUUUUUAAAUUUUGUCUUCUCUGCAUGUUCCCAGUGUGAUGCCAAAAAUUGUGGUUUGUUUUUUUUUUAAAGAGAUUAUUUUCUCAAAUUGUAUAGUUAACGCAUGAAUGUAUGUGGAGACAAAUAGAAAUCCAUAGAAGCAAUUUCUUAUUUUUAAGCAUUAGGAUGUUUUUCUUCUUUUUAAUUUAUAGUUAGUGCCAUUAGGAAAAGGAGCCAGUGUUGUAAAUUAGACAUACAGUAAAAUAUACUUGUAGUUUUACCUUCAAGAACAUGAGUGAGCAACAAUUACAAAUCAGUCAAAUUUAUUGUUUCCUGAUAGUAUUAAAGUUUGUCAUUGUUUCUCCUGUAGUUGUAGAAAAGUGCAGGACACAAGUUUUAUUGGGAAUUUUGCACUAUAGUACAGAGUUCCACAGCAUGAGGUCUGGAGGAAGAGUUUAUCUUACAUGUUUGAGCUCUUUUGAAGAUAACUCUCUGCUAACACAAUUUUUCCUGUAAUUUUGCAGUGCCUCUCUUUCCAUCUUCUUGUCAAUAAACUGUUUCCUUUUCUAA